AUGAGGUACUUAGAGGAGUUGAAGAGUAUGAAAAAGAGGGAGAUGGAGACAGAGGCAGACAGCCGAAUCCCACAGAAAGGAGUUAAGGCGAACCUACGAGCAAGCCUUCGACUUCCCGCCACAAACGAGCAUGACGCCGCUUCCAGUGAGCCCGGGUCAGGCGGAGGCGCUGCCGGGUCUCUUAUUUACGGCCACUUCCUUAGCAAUGCUACUAACCUACUGGCGUACAGUGGGGCUGAACCACACGCCAUGGUGAAGCGAGACAGCCAUGGCGGGUCCAGCUGCCCUCCCUCCGUCGGGUUCUCCACCUUUGGCUUCCUCUCCUUCCUCCUCAUUUCCUUCAACACGAUUGUCAACGUCAUCAACAAUAUCAACAACAAUAACAACAACAACAACAAUAACAAUAAUAACAACAACAAUAACAAUAACAACAAUAACAAUAACGACAACGGAAGGAGCCUCGACGGAAAUCUUUUGCCGGAACAGAUCUGGGACGAUUUCGAAAAAUAUCUUGAGGACGACCUGUGGCUGCCGGAAGGAGACGGGGAAGAGGAGUGUCACUGUGCUCUGGAAGAGGAGGAAGAGGAAGAGGGGGAAGAGGCAGAUGGAGAGACAGACGAAGAAGAGGAGGAAGAGUCGCUGCUGGAGGCCCUUGAAGCCAGCGGGCGCGGCAUGGGCGGAUGGGCGGAGGCGGUGGCGCAGAGCUACCCCGAGUGCGUGGCCCGCCUGGCGUGCGAGGGCGUGGGGCUUCUUCCGCGGGCCUUGCAGCCGCUGACUGUGCUCGCUCCGCUCCCUGUCCGGCAGACGAACUUGUUGCUGAGAUCAGCUGAUCUCGGUGCCUGUGACCGUCAGUAUCCCGGAUGCCCGCUGUUUUCAACUUUUUUGUAAAUAGAAAAUAUAUAUUGUAGAUACGGUUAGUUUUAAAGUGAGUGAAACUGCAAAUGUACACCUGUUUAUGUUUAUGUAUUCUGUCUAUGUACUCGUCUAUGUUUACAUGCGUGUCUGUAUGAGGAUUAUAAAGAAAUAUUUUAUUAUGUUCGCUUUUUAUGGUGUAAUGGAAGGGCAAAAUAAUGUAAAGUGAA